AUCCAAGAGAAGACUAUUUUGUGCAUAAUAACACGAUAUUGCAUGGAAUUUGAUAGCUCCUGUCCCUACCAUAACAAAUACCAACAUGCUAUAUGUACAUGAAAGACUAAUAUAGCUUUCAAUAAGAAUAUUUCAAGAUUUGAAAACUAAGCAGCCCAUUGUGGAUUACUGCAUUGACGUGAGGAAUAUUAAAGAGUCUAAAAGGCUAUUUCAUAAGAUCCAUGUGUUGCCAUCUGUAUACAAGUGAUUAAUUAUCCUGUGGAUCAAGGAUGGAAAUGGAACAGUUAGCUGCUACAAGGAAAGGAAUUCUGCUUGAACAUAAAACUAUUGGAUAUAGUGCAAAAAUAAUUUUGAUGAAGCUGCUGGUCUCUUUAUAAAUGGAGAAUGGAUGACUUUAGAUGAUGUACUUUCAGAUAAGGCAAAAGAAGAUGGUUGUUUUCAGGCAAAGUCAUCCAAAGAGAGAGCUGUCCACUUUAUAAUGAGUCAGAUUUUCUAUCUGGAGCUGGAAAGUCCAGAUGCAUUGGAGAUGGAGGCUGUAUUUGAUCUUCCUGACUUUACAGAUGAUAUAACCAUUCUCUGGCAGAAUGGUACAGCAGUUGGAUUUUACAGUAUAAAACAGAAAGGUGUAACAGAUGAACGAACAGCUGAGCAGUAUCCAAUGGUCACUCUUGACUCUAUAUAUGUCUCCCCAUUUCAUCGACGAUGUGGAGCUGCUACAAAGUUGCUUGAGCAUCUUGCUGCAACUCAUUGUGAUCAAGAUAUUGCUGUUAGUACGCCUAUCUCAUCCACAAUGAGAAAAGGUUGCACACCUGCUGUUGAGUACUCUUCGACUGUUUUGGAUCCACACAAGGCUGGAUUAAAGGAAGACAUCAAAGCAAUUCAGAGCCAGGCUACUAGAUUUUUUUACUGUGCUGAAGAAAUUUCUUGCAGAGAGACCAACAUACCGGCGAAAAUUUUGGGAAGUAGAAGGGACAGGACAAGAAGGAGACAGAAAAUUGAUAUGGUAUUCUCUGCUGAAGAAAGAAAGGCUGUUACAGAAGGCUGAAAGAAGUAAUUCACAAGUUCCUAUUUAGUCCUUUGAAGAACAAAAACCUAUGAAUGAAAAUUUUAGUAAUGUUUGUUAUGCCACUUCAUCAGAACCAUGGAGGAAAGUGGAGAGAGAGAGAGAGAAUAAACCAAGUUUCUCCCAAACAUUUCUUCUGUUAGUGUAUACCUUUUUAUGUUCAUUUAUAUGGCGUCUCUUCUUCAUAAUGAAACUCUACAGCACACAGUGUCUGAAUAAAGGCAUAUAGUGGGAUAUUCAGUCUUCAGUUCUGACUCAGCAUGCAGUUUAAAAUUAAAUGUGAUAAUGUAAUGUGGUGAAGUUUUUGGAGGUGUAUGAAUGAUGUAAAUUUUAAGGUAAAGGAUGCUUAUGUAAUUAUGAGUGUAACUAGGUCUUAUUAACACUCAGUACAAAGUGUGUACUAUCUUAAAACAGAUAAACAAAUACUCUCUGGGUCACUAUUAGGAUUUCACACAUGGAAAAGGCACUUGAAGUCAUGAGGAGGAGUCAAAUGUGUAAUAACAAUAAGACAAACCUCAGUACUGCAGCACUUAGCAUAGCAAUUCAUAGUUCAGUGGCAUAAUUAACAGAUUUAAAAGCAA